AUGGCGAUCACCUACCACGAACCAGCUCCCUCGGACGAUGGACUUCAGUCUGAUGGCGCAUCGGUGGUCAUUGCUGUCGUCCCCGACGUCUCUCAUGCGCCCUCUACAUUCAGGCCGCUUGCCUCCCUUCCCGGAGUACCCAAUCCUCCCUCCCCCAACCAGAGGACUUCCCCUGCCGAGAUGCGCGACGCCGAUCUGUGGUUCGAGGACGGGACGCUGGUGCUCGUCGUCGAGAACACCGCGUUCCGCGUGUUCAAGGGCCUUCUCACACUCCACUCUCCCGUGUUCAAGGCCAUGCUAGAGACCCAUUCCUCGGAAGCGUGA